ACAAUGACCGCACCCUACACCUCACAUGCUCUCUCUGAUGACCACCGUAUGCUUGACCGCUCUGGCUGCUCUGGCUGCUCUGGCUGCUCUGGACUGAAGCUGUCUUGCUCUUUUCUUGUCUUGGCUUGUCUUAUCUUGUCUUUUCGUUUUCCAAGAUUCCAGCAGAACAAAGCUCUCCCUCUACGGGGUACUCGAACCACCUAGCCUUUACACAGGGUACCUGGCUUAACUGCGUCACGGCCUCGCUUCCAACCAGUAACAAACUAGCCGCCCGCCGCCUCAGGCUCGAGCGACAGAGGUUCCCAAAGCGGGGGGGGGGCCCGGGACAGAAGAGCAACAAGCACAGCCUCACCAUACCAUACUCACCACUCUCACAAUCCCUCGACGGCCCAGCUGCGCUCCCCAUCGUUUAAUGCUGCGCAUGCAUCUACAACACGCAGUCUAGCACCUCAUCAAGCCUUCAUUCGCGUCGCCCGGCUGAGUGUCAGUCAUCGAAUCGAGAUCCCUCCAUCACCGAGCGCUUUGGCCGCCCGCAUCUCGGCAUCUCAUCCCGCCUUUCUCGUUGCGAACCUCCCCUUGCUCGACCGACAGCCAGCCACACAUCUCCGCCAACAGCGGACCGCCCACUCGGACGAAGGACGACAGGAGAAGUCCAGACGAAAAGGGCACAGAAACACCAACGCCACACGUGCGAGAUUGACUUGCACUGUCUGCAAUCAUGAGUGGCAGUCAAGCAGGGCCUUCGGCCCAAGGAAACAACCUUCGUGUUACAAUUAUUGCGGCCGAUGGCUUAUACAAGCGGGAUGUCUUCCGAUUCCCCGAUCCCUUUGCGGUAGCAACCAUCAAUGGCGAGCAAACCAAGACAACACAGGUUUCCAAGCGGACACUGAACCCAUAUUGGAAUGAAAGCUUUGAUUUCAAGGUGAACGAGGACAGCAUCCUCGCCGUGCAAGUGUUCGACCAGAAAAAAUUCAAGAAGAAGGAUCAGGGCUUCCUAGGGGUGAUUAAUAUUCGCGUUGGGGAUGUUAUCGAGCUCAGUCCCGAAUCUGAUGACCAGAUGCUCACGCGGGACCUUAAGAAGUCCACAGACAACCUUGUGGUGCACGGCAAGCUUAUUAUAAACCUGUCUACUAACAUGACAGCUCCCGCUCGUGCUCAGCAGCAACAAGCUCUUUUACCAUCGGCUCCGUCGUCCAGCAGACCAUCGCUCCUCAAUCCUGCAACCCCUAAUCUUUCCAACGGGGAAGCUUCUUCAGAACGACCAUCUUCAGCCAUGUCACGCCCCAACGGCGGCUCCAGCGCGGCUGGGCAACUAGCUAUCCCCCAUCGUCCCGCAAGCCUUGCGUCGAACCCUUCAGCUGCCACUCCUGCUUCGAAUGGUCCUGUCACGAACGGUGCCGUCGCCCAAGCCCGACAAACAAAUAGCACGCUGAGCCCCUUUGAAGACUCGCAAGGCCGUCUGCCAGCAGGCUGGGAACGUCGCGAGGACAACCUGGGGAGAACCUACUAUGUUGAUCACAAUACGCGAACGACGAGCUGGAACAGACCGACAGGGGCGACGGGAGCUGCCGAGAACCGGGUGGCCGAGGCGAAUACCCAAGUGGAAAGACAGAGACACCAGAACCGCACGCUCCCCGAAGAUCGAACUGGUGCCAACUCGCCAACACUUCAACAACAGCAGGCGCAGCAAGCAGCCGCCUCGCAAGCCAAUGCCACCACCAUGAUGAACACCGGGGCCACAACGGCCGGUAGCGGCGAGCUUCCACCUGGCUGGGAGCAGAGGUGGACACCUGAAGGUAGAGCUUACUUUGUCGACCACAACACACGCACAACGACGUGGGUCGACCCGCGACGCCAGCAGUACAUAAGGAUGUAUGGCGGCAAUAACGACAACGGAAGAAUCCAGCAGCAGCCAGUGUCACAGCUUGGCCCCUUGCCCAGCGGAUGGGAGAUGCGCCUGACUAACACAGCUCGCGUCUACUUUGUGGACCACAACACCAAGACAACCACCUGGGAUGACCCAAGGUUGCCGUCGUCGCUCGACCAGAACGUGCCGCAGUACAAGCGUGAUUUCAGGAGGAAGCUGAUUUACUUCCGGUCUCAGCCCGCCAUGCGAAUCCUCUCCGGGCAAUGCCACAUCAAGGUUAGACGCUCGCACAUCUUUGAGGACUCGUUCGCCGAGAUUAGUCGCCAGUCAGCCACGGACCUGAAGAAGAGACUGAUGAUCAAAUUCGACGGCGAAGACGGUCUGGAUUAUGGUGGUCUGUCGAGAGAGUUCUUCUUUCUCUUGUCGCACGAGAUGUUCAACCCGUUCUAUUGCUUGUUCGAGUACUCUGCGCACGACAACUAUACGCUGCAGAUCAACCCGCACUCGGGCAUCAAUCCCGAGCACCUGAACUAUUUCAAGUUUAUUGGCCGUGUUGUCGGUCUUGCCAUUUUCCACCGCAGAUUCCUCGACGCCUUCUUCAUCGGAGCGCUGUACAAGAUGGUGCUUGGCAAGGCAGUGGUGCUGGCUGACAUGGAGGGUGUCGACGCUGACUUCCACCGGUCGCUGCAGUGGAUUCUGGACAACGACAUCACGGAUGCCGGGCUGGAGAUGACUUUCUCUACUGAAGACGAGCGCUUCGGCGUGAUUGCUGUCGAGGACCUCAAGCCCAACGGGCGCAACAUUGACGUGACGGAAGAGAACAAGAAGGAGUAUGUCGACCUGAUGGUCAAGUGGAGGAUCGAAAAGAGAAUUGCGGAGCAGUUCCAGGCGUUCAAGGAGGGGUUCCAGGAGCUUAUUCCUCAUGAUCUGAUCAAUGUCUUUGACGAGAGGGAGCUGGAGCUGCUGAUUGGCGGUAUUGCCGAGAUUGACGUGGACGACUGGAAGAAGCACACCGAUUACAGGGGAUACACCGAGAGCGACGAGGUGAUUCAGUUCUUUUGGCAGACAGUGAGGAGCUGGGACGGGGAGCAGAAGAGCAGGCUGCUGCAGUUCACGACGGGCACGUCGAGGAUUCCGGUGAACGGGUUCAAGGAUCUGCAGGGGAGUGAUGGGCCGAGAAGGUUCACUAUUGAGAAGGCGGGGGAGAUUACGAAUUUGCCAAAGGCGCAUACUUGCUUCAACCGUUUGGAUCUUCCGCCGUACAAGGAUCUGGCGAUGUUGCAGAACAAGUUGACGAUUGCGGUGGAGGAGACGAUGGGUUUCGGACAGGAGUAAUUUUGUUUUGCGGUGUUUUGGAGAAGGGAGGGCUGAGGGUGUUUGAUGUUGUUUUUUCGGUGGUCAAUAUGUUGUUUAGGGAAGGGCGAGCGGGUAGUAGGGUAAGGGAAGGUAUCCUUCGGGCUGUGUGUGUGUGUGUGUGUGUGAAAGAGAGAGAGAGAGAGAGAGGUCAAGCAUAAUGAACGUGCUGAAGUGGAUUGUUCUUUUUUUCUUGUGUCUUUUUCCAUACUACAUUGGUUGGGUUAAGGUUAAGGGGGGGAGGGGAGGCAUCAUUCAUUUUCAAAGCUCUUCACCGGGUGAUGUUUGUGUUGUGUGGUGGAAGAAGGUGGGGGGGGGGGUGAUGGAGGGGGAAAAUUGUAAGUAUAGAAACACGCAUGGGUGUUGGUGGAUGAGGGAGGAUCAAUCAUCAAGUUUGGGGGGAUGAAUAAGCUGUAAACGGCUAGGUUACUUGUUGACCAGCGGGGAAGAGAGCGAGAGGGGGUUAUCUGUAAACUUUGGCUAGCUAGCUGUUUAGCAUGCAUUUUAUUGAAUAUGAGUCAGUGUUAAAAUGCUCUCUUCAUGUAUCGAG